CACACACACACACACACACACACACACACACAACAAAUUAGUGACCAUAAUUUUCCAAGUAUCUCCCCCCACGUCAAAGGAAACAUGCGUACCUGUUUCAUGCUUGUAGCAGGCUAUUAUUUUCUCCAAUAAACACCAUCAGGGUAAAUCAAGAAAUGGCAAUUGAACUCUGUCCAGAAAGUUCCGCUGGUGUUAGUCCAAGAAUUUCGUUUUCUCAUGAUCUUUGCGUACCGGAUAUUGUUCCUUUUGAACAACGCCUCCCUCUUCGAUCAGGUUCAUUAGGUAACAUUGAUUUCGACUUCUGCGCCGUCCGAAAGAGUUUCGACUCAUCGUCAGCAGACGAGCUUUUCUCUGAUGGAAAAAUUCUUCCCACUGAAAUCAAGAAAAAGACUGCUUCUGCUAAACAAAUGGAUUCGUCUGUGCCCUCAAGACAAGUCCUACAAGAUGAUGUUUCGUGCAAUGAUAGUCUGAAGAAAGACCGCUUGAAAGAAAUGAAGAGUUCGAGUAAUUAUGAAGCAGAAGAUCAAAAGCAAAGUUCAAAAUCUUUUUGGAGUUUCAAGAGGAGUAGUAGCUUGAAUUGUGCCAGUGGUUAUGGAAAAAGUUUGUGUCAUUUGCCACUCUUAUCGCGAAGCUACUCUGCUGGUUCAACACCAAGAAGUAAGCGAGCCCCAUUAACGAAAGACACUAACCAUAAGCAGAAUAAACAAGCAUUUUUCAAGUCAUCACAAUCGUCGUCUACGAAGAAUUACCAGAAGCCUCCGUUGAAGAAGAACUAUGGACCUUAUGGAAAUGGUGUUCGUGUCAGUCCAGUUCUGAAUGUUCCAUCAGGGAAUCUAUUUGGUUUAGGUUCAAUCUUCUUCAAUGGAAAAGAUAAGAAGAACAUGAAGAAGUGACUUACCAAAUAUGUGCUUUAAUUAAAAACUACUUUCAGCCUAAAUUUGAAUGCUGUUUUAUUGGUGGCUUGAUGUUUUUUCUUUUCUUUACUUAAAUAUUUUUGUUUACAUGAUUUACCAUUUGAAAAGAUUGCCAUGAAGACAAAGAGAUUGAAAGGUGGAGGGGGUUGAGGGGCCGAAAGAUGAUAAAAUUCAAGGCACAUGGUUCUGGAGCACAAAAUGACAGGUAACCAUCGCUUUUUGUAUUUGCUCACACAUGCUGUAAAUAAUUUGAUUUUUGGUUUCUUCUUUCAUUUUAUACAAGAAGAGAUUAUUUAA